UUCUAAACCGAAGGAACCUGAAAUUCCAAUAUCUGGUAAACGCCUAACUGAUAACCCGGCGUCUCCACCAACUAACAACACUGCAAGUGCUUCAAACGGACGUAACUCCGAAGUCUUCACAAAACCUGCCAAGAAACCAGUCAAGCCUCUUACAGGUCUCAAAUUCGAGAUAGGAUGAUGAUGUUAUUGAUCGUGUUGAAUCGCAUGCCACUUCGAUCAAUUUGAAUAUUAUUAAGAUCGUUGUUGUACAUAAUAGAUUCAAUCGAUAUAGAGUUGGCUGUAAGAUGGACAUACCAGAGUCUGGAUUAAAUGAUGCGCUUGACAGUGAGAAUUGGCCACAUCCGAUUGAAUGAGAGUCUGGACGCGGUUUAAGACUCGUGGGAGCCGCACUGAUACUUCUAGACGUCAACCCGACAGACAAUCUUCAGAGAUCACUACCAAACUGACCAGGAAAAAGGAUCGCACGCCAAGCAGGGAUGACAUCCACUAUCAAUCCCAUUAUCGCUCUGAAUAUGAGCAUGAUAGCAAUGGCAUCGACCAAACUUACAAUCGACACGAUGAUACAUCCGAUUAUGCCUACAAUACCCGAUAUAGUACCUUCCAUAGGGAUGAGCGCAAUCAAGGACCGAGUACAUACAGCAAUGACGAUGACUACAAUGCUCGAGAGUACCUCGCCGAUCAAGAUGAGCGCAUCCGCGCAGGGUAAUGAUCGAGCUGAUUGGACCUAGGCUACUUCUUUUGUCUAUACAGUUUUACAUGCUUUUAAUAAUUGUCUGCAUACGUGUAUAUAGUGUAAAUAUGACAAUCUUGAAAAUUUCUGCUUUUAAUCUCAAUGGGUUUAACACGUCAAAGGAAUAUCUAAACCAGUUGCUGGUUGAUUUUGAUAUUGUUGGAGUGUCAGAACAUAAGCUCUACCCC